AUGGCCUUUCGCGACUGCAAGCCACGGGCGGCGUCGCACAUGCUCGUGAUUCCGAAGGAGCACAUCGUCAACACGCACGCCUUGGGCCAUGAACACAUCGAUCUCGGUACGCCGUCUCGCCGCUGCGAUGUCGCCUCAUUGAGAGGCCAUGCACGUAGUCGAGCACAUGGUCGCGGUCGGCCGGGCGGUCUUGGCAAAAGAGCCAGCGUGCUCAUGCUGCCCGAGCUGCCAGGGGUCUUUGGCUUUCACCAGUAUCCGUUCACUUCCGUGGACCACUUGCACUUGCACUGCCUCGCGCCGCCGUUCGAGCCAUGCUACAACCGCCUCCGGUACCGCGAGACGUGGUUUGCCAACUAUGUGAGCGUCGAGACCUUGCUGGCGUCGCUCAAGGACGGACGCCACCACUAG